AUGGGGGCCAGGGGGCGAAGAGGUGCAGCCGCCACGCUUAUCCUCAACCAGAAUGGGGGCGAAGAGGUGCAGCCGCCACGCUUAUCCUCAACCAGAAUGGGGGCCAGGGGCAAAAGGCGAAGAGGUGCAGCCGCCACGCUUAUCCUCAACCAGAAUGGGGGCGCUCAUCCUCAAGCAGAAUGCGGAAGCCACAACAAGAGGCGAAGAGGUGCAGCCGCCACGCUUAUCCUCAACCAGAAUGGGGGCCAGGGGGAAGAGGCGCUCAUCCUCAAGCAGAAUGCGGAAGCCACAACAAGAGGCGAAGAGGUGCAGCCGCCACGCUUAUCCUCAACCAGAAUGGGGGCCAGGGGGAAGAGGCGAAGAGGUGCAGCCGCCACGCUUAUCCUCAACCAGAAUGCGCUCAUCCUCAAGCAGAAUGCGGAAGCCACAACAAGAGGCGCAGCCGCCACGCUUAUCCUCAACCAGAAUAGGGGCCAGGGGGUACAGCCGCCACGCUUAUCCGGUGCCAGGCGAAGAGGUGCAGCCGCCACGCUUAUCCUCAACCAGAAUGGGGGCCAGGGGGAAGAGGCGCAGCCGGGUGCCAGGCGAAGAGGUGCAGCCGCCACGCUUAUCCUCAACCAGAAUGGGG